CCAAUGUCUUGUCCGGUCACUGCAGCCUAAAUGAGAACAAAUAUAAAAGUACAUAAGAGCCCCCACUUGAAAGUGUAUUCUACGACCAAGUGAUGAGGGUGUUCCGUAAUUUAGCUAACUACAUAACGACUGAAGUCGACGGUCUCCAUUUCCGAUAUGCUCCCCCCGCGACUUUUUCACGUCAUCCGCAGCAAAUUCGCCCGAAUCUUCCACUCCUGCUCGAAGCAAUCGACGUUUCUGCAAAUCUCAGGAGGGUACUGAAUUGAUACUUGUAUCAGUUUUGACAUUGGAAUUGUCAUAAAGAAAUGAACCAGAAGAGUUUAAUUUAUAGCUUCGUGGCAAAAGGUACUGUUGUUCUAGCAGAGCACACAUCUCAUACUGGGAACUUUAGUACCAUUGCUGUUCAGUGUUUGCAGAAGCUGCCUUCUAAUAGCAACAAGUAUACCUACUCAUGUGAUGGGCACACAUUCAACUUUCUUAUUGACAGUGGAUUUGUUUUUCUUGUUGUUGCGAAUGAGUCAAUGGAAAGAAAUGCGCCCUUUGUUUUUCUUGAGAGAGUGAAGGAUGACUUCAAACAUCGGUAUGGUGCUACUAUCAAAGGUGAUGGUCCACACCCUCUUGCAGAUGAUGAAGAGGAUGAUGAUCUAUUUGAGGACCGAUUUAGCAUUGCAUAUAGCCUUGACCGAGAAUUUGGGCCAAGGCUCCAAGAGCACAUGCAGUAUUGCAUGAACCAUCCAGAAGAAAUCAGCAAGCUGUCUAAAGUGAAGGCUCAACUAACAGAAGUUAAAGGAAUAAUGAUGGACAACAUUGAGAAGGUAUU